UCAGAUGUUGCCACCAAAGUAGGAGAAGAGGAGGAACAUGCGCUGCGGUUUAUAGCUAAUAUUGUACGUAUGAACGCGUGAAUUAAAACCAUUUAAUCAUGCCAAUGAAAGGAAGGUUUCCCAUACGGAGGACCUUGGAAUAUCUUCAGAAGGGGGAGAUUGUUUUCAAAAGUUCUGUCAAGAUUAUGACCGUGAAUUACAACACGCACGGAGAACUAAGUGAAGGAGCAAGGAAAUUCGUGUUCUUCAGUGUUCCUCAAAUCCAGUACAAAAACCAGUGGGUUCAAAUCAUGAUGUUCAAAAACAUGACACCGUCGCCUUUUCUCCGAUUCUACCUCGGUGACGGAGAUCAGGUUCUAAUGGACGUGGAAGGAAAGAACUAUAAAGAAAUAACACAAAAUGUGAGGAAGAUUCUAGGCAAAUCAGACGAAGUUCUACAUGCUGAAGCUCUGGCCAGGAUGGAGUCCUCAAACCCAGCUAACUUCGGUCCCAAAAAGUACUACUUGCGGGAGUGCAUGAGCGAAGUGGAGGGUCAGGUCCCUCACCCGGGCCUCGUUCCCCUGCCAAAAGAGAUGACGGGCAAAUACAGAGCCAAAAUGUUGGCCGGUUCUGAGGACUAAGGACAAAGAGGGGAUGUGGGGGGCAAUUGCCUUUGCUCAGAAAAAGGGCUGAAUAAAGAGAACAGGACUUGGUGGGGCUUUAUCCCUCAUGCUCCCCUUUUCUCAUCUUUUUCUCCAUGGGCUGCCUUUACAUGUGCAGUAAUCCUACUGUCUGUGAUUUCUCCUGUGUGUGUGUGUCCUUUGUUGAGAUAAUGGAGAGAUGAGUUUUUUGUUUUUUUUAAAUAAACAACUUUUCUUUGAUUUCUGCUGA